GGUAUGGUAACCCCGCCUGCGCUAACGGGAUACGCUGGCGGAGCACCAGUGAAGGGUGAUAGAUGAGAAUGAAAACAGGCCAGUUAGCCCAUCAUGAUGAAUUCAUCAGGAAUUAACCUUGAUAGUUUCCAGGGGAACCGCGAGUAGGUCGACCCGAUUGGGUAUAUAGCUAGCAAUGGGAUUCUAAGUCUCUAUUAUUAACAAUCCGUUUCCCACCGAACAAAGCAGGUCAGUUGACCCAUAGUGAUGAAUUCAUAGAAAAACAAUCAAGAUGAUCUCCACGAGGAAUCGCGUGGAGGUCGACCUGAUGAGGUAUAUUGUUAGCAAUGGGGCCUCUAGUCCCAUUACUAACAGUUCCUUCUAUUGGAUUGGUUAUUUGAUUAGUUGUUUUUUUUUGUUUAAUUCCGUUACAAUAACUAUAUGUGCGAUUACUAACACUCGAAGAUUAUCAACUAUGAUCACAGCUAUUAUUGUUACCAGAAGUUCUGUAACCUUCCAAGUUCAAAUCGAGGUCAUAUUAUCUGAACAAAAUUAGAAUGUUAGAUAAAACUUAGCAUUCAUUUCCAAUUCGACUAUUGCAAUUAAACUACGUAUUAUUGUUUUUUGGAUGGCGAACGUGCUGAUGGCUUACCUGAUGAUGUAACAGACUAUUAUAUUAGUAUAAGUGAUUUACAAACGAAGUUAAUACCAAUAUACCCUAAAAUAUAUUCUGAGGUACUCGUAUAGCGUCAUCUGUUGGUAAUUAUGUCAAAUAUUGAUUUCUUGUACCAUUAACUAGAUGGCGUUACUAGUUUCAGAGUGGGUUUAACUAUUAUGCCGAAUAAGUUUGUAAUCUAAUACAUUAUGAAAUAAUAGAGCCUUGUUACCAUCGCUUUACCAGAGGGAGACUAUGUACAAAAGUCGAUUGCUUGGGUACCUCUGUCCCAUUCGUAUUUCUACCGUGAAGCAGUUGUGUUUGUAUGGCUGUGUUUCGGUUUGAAGGGUGGGAUAUGGCGUGAAUUUACAGGGUACAGAGGAAUAACACCUGAGUCCUCAGGAACGGCAACGCAUGGGAAGUAUCAUGGGCGAAACAGUAUACUCUGUUAUGUCCAUGGUACUGCUCAUGUCUAUAGGCGACGGUUACCACUUUCCAUCAGGUGGGCCGUCAGCUUGUUUGCCAUUCUAAGUUGUAUAAAAAAAAAGCUCAUCUUCACCUUAUAAAAAAAAAAAAAACUAACUCUUCUGCCUUAUAUAUUAAUAGGUAUAGACAAUAAAUACAACACCAUAAAUUGCAGGCCCAUAAAUUGUAUAACAGAUUAUGAAACGGCGUUCAAUAUUGUUAUCUACUUUUUAUGGUACGUAAGUACCCUAUAAAUAUUGCGGAAUUGUUAUUAAAUAAUGCAUGUAUACUUUGAAAUACAAAGGCACCGAACGUACCUCUAAUAAACAAUUGACGUAUUAUUUUUGAAAAAAAAUGUUACUGUUCAAGAUAUUCAUAAAUUAAACCUCAAAAUGGCGGAAGUGAUGGAAGAAAACGAGGUCGUUACCAUAAAACAAAAAUGUGUCAAUUUCAUCAGAGGUCCGAAUUUGUUAAAAUCCCUCAUAGUUCUUAUUUGCAUGGGAGUUGUAAUACAGCAGGUUACAUUGUGUGUCACAAAAAUAUUAAAUAAACCAAUAACAACGUACACACAUUUCGACUUCAACAAAACAAUACUGUACCCGAGCGUGACUUUCUGUCGUGAGCCACCGUACAAAUACGACAAGCUACUGGAAUACGGCCUCUUUUCUCAUCCUCGAUUGACAUCGACAUGGGCGACGUUCAAUUUCUCUGCAGUCGAUCUCGACGUGCUGUGGCAAGACAUCACUUACGAUGCUGAGGAAAUAUUUGUGGAUUUCUCGUUGGAUGGACGCAACGAUAAUUUGGAGUUAAAAUCGACAUUGGGCUUCAUGUACGGCCGUUGCUACACCCUCUCUCCUAAAAUCAUCAGCACAGAAGCAACGAAAGCUUCCGGCUACUCGAUUAAGUUGCAGCACAGCGCAGCCGAUGUGGCCACCGCGAGUGGCACCUCUCCGCCAGGAUAUCAUGUUCAUUUACAUUACUACAGGGAGCCGUUUACAGAAGUUUACGUAUACAAUGGUGGACAAGUGGACUACAUAUACGUUAAUAUAGGGGACACGAUGGACGUCAAGUUGAAAGUUGAGCAGUACGUGAAGAUCAGCGCAGAAGACGACCCCUGUACCUAUAUGGACAAUUACAGCGCCAACGAAUGUACUACGCAAUUCGUAUGGGAUCAAUCAGGAAACCAGGCCGGCUGUUCAGGGCCUUGGAUGAACAGCAGUCUACCGUACUGUAACACUUUUAGAGGAAUGAGAGAACUUAUUACUUCUUAUUUGACUUUCUACAUCAAACCAAAUUGCAGCGUUUGUCCACGUUUCUGCCGUUCCUAUCUGUACAAUUCAUUCGUCAACGACCGCCAGAGCUUCUACGCCUGGGACUCAGCUAUGAGACAGUGGGCGGUGCGAACUGGCGAUGAUACAUUGGAGUCACAACUUUAUAUUUAUUUUAACGGAAUGGUGGUAACGGUGUAUGAGGAACGUUACAACUAUGACUGGAGUUUGUUUUUAUCGGACCUUGGAGGAAGCAUUGGGUUCCUUCUAGGCCUCUCCGUGAUCAGUCUGCUGACGAUAUGUGGAAAUAUAUGGCGCAAUAUUAUUAAACCUUCGAUCAAACCUUCAAUUAAGAACGGCAUCAGGAACAUCAGUAACACCACUAUCAUGCCCAAACAGACGUCCAAAUACGAGGAGUUUAUUAAGAAUUGCACUGAAUGGAACUUCAAAAAUAAACCUUAUCGUCCUUCAAACGGUCUUAUUAUGUAAUUGAUGUAAUUUGAAUGCUAUCGACGGUGUCCAUUAAAUCUAUUUUUGUUUGCUUCAGCCACCUUUAGCUGCGAGCCAAGCUGAAGGCGGCUAUUUUAGAACUAUUUGAUUGUUACGACACAGUUUCCUAAUCUUGAUAUUUUCAUGUUCGGAAAUGUUUAGUAUUUAGUGAAUAUUGACAAUUAUGAGGGAAAAUUAUAUCAGAUUGCUAGAGUUUUCUUUUAAUGAAUUAUAAUGGAAUGGUAAUCCCGCUCUUCUUCUUUAUCUAAGCUCUAAACAGUCCUUAUUCAAUUGUUUUUUUUUUCUUAUACUUGAUGUUUUUUUUUUUAAUUAGGAUUUUGUUGUUUACAUAGUAAAAAAAUUUAUAAUUGACUAGAAAAUUGUUUUGUACCCGUAGGAUUUUUUUUUAAUAGAUGAUAAUGGAAUGACAAUCCCGCUUGCGCCAACAAUAUACGCUGGCGGGGCAUCAGUGAGGGAUGAUAGGUGAGGAUGAAAAGGCGGAUCAGUUAGCCCAUCGUGAUGAAUACACCUGGAAUUCAGCACGAUGAUUUUCUGAAGGGACGCCGGACAUACAUAUCUAUUUACGAAAAAUUGAUGUUAUGAGCAAAAGAAUCCAAAACACUAUUUUUUUUUUAUAAAAUUACUCUGUCUGCCUAUUUAUAUGUUUAUUCUAGUAUCACACAAAAACUACUAAACCAAAUUGAAUGCGGUUUUUAGAGUUAUAUUCUUGAAGAUUUAACUUAAAGUCUGGUAUAUAUUUUUCUCAAACAUGCUUGGAAAUGUGAGCAUUAUUUUGACAAUCUUCUUCGAGAUAAAUCAAAAUUGCCGUACUGGCCAGAUACAUGCGGGCAGCGGCCGGCAAAAGUUGUAUGAAAAUCCAUAUCUGUCGUGUUUUGCGGCCAGAUAAAUUAACUCAUAUCUGUCCUGUAAUUUAAAAAUGGAAUGACCUUUUACUUCGAAACAUGGCUACCAAGGAGGUAACUAAUAAAAGCUGUUUAUUAAAAAAAAACAAAGGAACAUUAUGACGCGUGAAAAAUUAUUAUUGUUCGUUAUUCGUCAUUGAACUUAAAAGUACUAUACAAGCCUUGGCCACAACUGGGCAUUGAUGGACUCACGUAUGUUUGCCUCGGCUACGCCUCAGCCCACAUUUGUACGUUCGUCCAUCAAUGCCUCAGUUGCUGGCCGCUGCAGUAAUGUACUAUUAUCUUGGUAUAUCAUCUAGAAUUGGUCUAUUUAAUUGUUCUUUCUACUUCUCAAAUCCGUAUACGAAGCAGCGGGCAAAAAAUACAUAGAUAUAAAUGUAAACCGGGAUUUUAUUAUCAUAUUAAAGUUUAACCUUAUAUAUAAAAUUGAUAUAUAAAU